GACUCGCAAACACGUUGAUAGAUGCAAUGUAAUUUAUUCAACAAGAUUUCAUACUAGUGACUAGUGAGGAAUAUUUUGGACGUGUACCCCACUUGAGUCUUGAAUUGAGUAAAGAAAGAUCUACGAAUGACGUGUCUUCUCCUCUAUCGCUACCCAACUAUCCUAACACCCAUUCCCCUUCCCUAUUUUUUUAUUGCACUUUUUCUCUCUCUUUUCCACGUCCCUCCUUUCUCCUACCCUGCUCCAUGUGCGCACAGCGCACCCCUCCCGCGUAUGUUAGUCACCACCAUUUCUUACGCUAAAAUCAAACCCCAAGUUGCAACAAUGCUUCAUCUUUUCGAAAUCAUCGAAUUUCAAUUUUUAUAAAAUGUAAUAAUGUUACGAAGCUCCGCUAAGAUGCGCCAUCGAAACGUCGUUCUGGUUUUGUCGGAUUCAGAGAGUUGGUCAACUUGGAGAAUCACGAGUUCUUAGUUUUAUGGCUUAAAUCAAUGGUUUUGCUCAGUGAGGUUUUGGGAAGGUGAAGGGUUUUUGUUUUGAGUAGUUCUUUUUUUAGUAUGGAGAGAAAGGGGCUUGAUCUGAAUAGAGAAACAAGUGGUGUGAAUAAGUGUAAGAUGGGUGAUGGUUUUGUUGAUAGAAGUAAAGUAAAGAUUUUGCUUUGUGAUAACGAUUCUAAUAGCUCUCAAGAGGUUGUUACACUUUUGUUGAGAUGUUGUUAUCAGGGUAUGUAUUUAUAUCAGUGAAGUCAGCAAGACAGGUAAUUGAUGCACUGAAUGCAGAGAGUGAACAUAUAGAUCUCAUAUUAGCUGAAGUUCGCCUUCCGAAGAAGAAGGGUGUGAAGAUGUUGAAAUACAUUGCCCGAGACAAAGAAUUGCGCAGAAUUCCUGUUAUAAUGAUGUCUGCACAAGAUGAGGUAUCCGUUGUUGUCAAAUGCUUGAAACUUGGAGCAGCAGAUUAUCUAGUAAAGCCUUUACGCACAAAUGAGCUAUUAAAUUUGUGGACGCACAUGUGGAGAAGGAGGCGCAUGCUUGGACUUGCAGAGAAGAACAUGUUAAAUUAUGACUUUGAUCUGGUAGCAUCAGAGCCUAGUGAUGCCAAUACAAAUAGUACCACUUUGUUCUCUGAUGACACCGAUGAUAGGUCCAAAAGAAGCACCAUUCCAGAGACAGGAACAUCAUCCCAACAAGAGCACGAGUCUACUAUUGCAAAUGCCGCUGCUGUUGAGGAACCUCCAGAUGACCAUGCUUCUGAAUGCCAGCCUGAUGCCAUUGGAAUAAAUGUUCAGAGGACAGAACAUUUUUCAUCUGGUCCAAAGAAGAGUGAACUAAGGAUCGGGGUUGGGGAGUCAUCAGCCUUCUUCACAUAUGUUAAAGCAUCGUUGCUAAAGAGAAACAUUGAAGGGAUCAUUCAUGUUGACAACAAUCCCGCUGCACAUGUGCGGAUGGAAGUUAUGCAUCAAGCAUCUGCUCAACAAGGGGUUAAUGACCUUGAAAUAUGCGAAAAUGGAGAAACAUGUGAAAGUCAAUGGCAAGAUGACUUCCCUAGCAGCAAUAGUAUACCUGAUUCUUUAUCUAUUGAGAGAUCUUGUACUACACCUUCAUCUAUGGAAGCUUCACAAGAAAACUGUUACAGAGAAGAAAAUUUGAAUCACAACAGUCUGAGGCAUCCAAGAAAUGGAACAUCUUGUUCCGAGCUUGAAAUGUCAAACAUGGUUGCACAACAUGCUUAUCCAUAUUAUAUGCCAGGAGUUGUUAAUCAUGUUAUGAUGCCUUCAGCGGCACAAAUACAUCAAAACAAUGACCUGCAGAAUCAUGCUGCUACAUCUAUUAUUGCCCAGUACAAUCAUGUUCCACAAGGUGGUGCUCAUGCCAUUGACAUGAUGUCUUACCUGUAUUACCCGAUGACUAUGUGCUUACAACCUGGUCAGAUUCCUACACCUAAUUCGUGGCCAACCUUUGGAGGGUCAAAUCCUUCCGAAGCAAAUUUAAGUAAAGUUGAUAGGAGAGAAGCAGCAUUGAUCAAAUUCAGACAGAAAAAGAAAGAGCGCUGCUUUGAUAAGAAAAUUAGGUAUAUCAAUCGAAAACAACUUGCUGAAAGACGGCCUCGUGUGAGGGGGCAGUUUGUCAGAAAGAUGAAUGGUCCUAAUGUGGAUCUUAAUGGACAGCCUCCUUCCGUUGAAUUUGAUGAAGAUGAUCAAGAAGAUGAAGACUCGUCUCCCAGGGAUGCUUGAAUACAUCGAUAUCUAUGUCAUCCAAAUGAUGAAGGACCAAUCAAUUCCUGUAUUAUCCUGUCAAGGAUCUGCCUAUAUGGAAAUUUUAUACAUCGGCAUUAAUUGGUCAUCACUUACUUUCAUAUGGGGGAAUUGCAGAUCCAAUGUAUAAUUGCUUCUUCAAAUGAUCCGUACCUCCAAUUGGCAUUUCCAAUGCAGUUGAAAGCAUCAUAACAUGCUUAUGUUUUUUUGAACUGAUAAAAGCUGCCCGUGCUUUCAUAUUUUAUUGUCAAGACACAUUAAAAUUUUCCUGAUGAAUGAGUUUUUAUCCAA